UCCCGGAACUAUAGAUACACAUAAAGAAAAUGUAGCUUUUAGCAAGCGUUACUUCCCAUUUUUGUAAAGUAAACAAUACGGUUUUAAGCCUCUACCACUACCUGUCUGACAUGUUCGGGUUAAACAUUUCUGAACUAUAAACGACCACGUCCACAAGAGACAUCGCUGAUUUGUUUACUUUUCCAAAACGAGGGUCAGUCUGAAGUUCAGUCCACGGUUGAGAGCACGUCUUCUGUAUUCAUCAGCCAGCGACGACUUUAAACACCACAGGAGAAAAAAUAAUGCACUGGACAGAGAUGAAGAAAGACGAGCUCGAGAGGCAGUAUUCCCCCAGCAGGUGGUCCACCAGGAUGUCGGCCGACGACGUGAUCAAAGCCCACGUGAAGGCUUUAAAGGAAGGUACGGAGCGAGCCCGUGGUAUGGCUCAAACUUUACUCAAUGUCCCAUAUGGGGAGGGAGAUGGAGAGAAACUGGACGUCUAUAUACCCAACAUCAACUCUCUGGAUGUCCACCUUGUUGUUUACAUACAUGGAGGCUACUGGCAGUUUCUCAGCAAAGAGGAGUCUGGGUUCAUGGCUGUUCCGCUUGUUGAUAAAGGUGUAGUGGUGGUUGCAGUCGGUUACGACAUUGCCCCCAAAGGUAACAUGGACCUGAUGGUAUCACAAGUUCGCAGGAGUAUUGUCUCUGUCGUUCAGCAGUAUUCUCACAUCAGCGGUCUGUACCUGUGUGGCCACUCUGCUGGGGCACACCUGGCCGCAAUGGUCCUCUCAACUGACUGGUCGCAGUACAGCAUCACUCCCCAGAUUAAAGGUGCUUUUCUUGUGAGUGGCAUCUAUGACCUCCUGCCCAUCUUGUCCACCUACGUCAACGAGCCUUUGAAGAUGACAGAGGAGGUGGCAGUUAGGAACAGCCCCAGCAAGCUGGUCUCUCAGCUCAAACUCUCCUCCUGCAGCUGUCAGAUUGUUGUGGCUGUUGCUGAGAACGACUCGCCAGAGUUUCGCAAGCAGUCUGAGGAAUUUUACAAAACUUUGGAGGCGUCAGGGCUGAAUGUCACCAUGGAGGAUGUGGCGAAUACAGAUCACUUCAGUAUUAUUGAGAAGCUGGUUGACGGAGAGUAUCACCUAACAAAGCUUCUCCUGAAGAUGAUGGGGAAGAGCUGAGGUGUUUUAUCCAUCAUCUAAUAUCAACAUACCUCGGUAUCAACGAACACCUCUGGACAGAGCCAUCAUGCAGCAACACUGACUGAAAUAUGCAUUGUUUCAGAUUUGUACUCUGGUAAAUCUACAUUUUGUGUCCAUUUGGAUCCUUUGUCAGUGAGGUGCCGUGGAUUGUUUUGAUGUCUAGUUUCACUAUUUAUGACCUUGUUCACUGUAGUUACUGCUUCUUUUUUUCUUUUUAAGGCCUAAGCUUUGUAUGUUUCAGCCACCAUGCUAUGAAAUUGUGUGCCUAAAACUAAGUCACAUAAAAAUGGCAAUGGUAGUAAAACUAUAAUUUUAGAUUCAGUUUGCACAAUAGCUGUUAAGUAAUCUCUUAAAAUGUUUGUCCUGUCUCGUACCUUGCAAAGUCGAUUGUUAGUUUUGGUAUAUUUCCGGUGUUUGUGUGUGUGGGGGUCUGUCUGGUUUGUGAAUUUUUAUUGUAUUUCUUUUUUUUUGGGACAACAAUAGGAGCUUAUGUCAACAAUAAUGAAACCGAAUGUAGCUUUUUAUUAUAACUUCCACAAUGCUUACAUGUCACCCAGGGAACUUUAAUAUGUUGUUGCUGAUAAGGAAAAUAAUGUGUCUUUGCAGUUUUUAUUUGAUUAUAAUCUAGUUCAAGAAUCUGAAUAUUCAGGUGUUAUUUUAAAUUGCAGAUACAACUAAACUGAAACUGAUGCACAUCACUACUUAUGGCCAUUACUCUAACAUCUGAUGAAACUGUUUACAUGACUAUGUACACUGUGUUCUGUUUAUCGUUACUUAUAAAGAGAACAACCAGUAAAUGUUUAUAUUUGAGAAGCGA